AUGGUGUUGAAAGGGGUAUUAGGUGUUCUGGCCCUCAGUCUAUCAGUGUAUUGUGAUGUAGUCCUGGAAGAACGAGGGUACCUACAACUACCUGAUAGAAACAACUUUCUGAGGUUUGACAGUGGGACGGCUGGUGAAAGCGCCGUAGAUGUACAGAGGAAGGUGCUCUAUGUUGUUGGUCACGAUACGGCCAUGCUUCAUGUUAUAAAUGUCAACAACGUGGACUCUCUAACUACAAUACUAUCUCAUAAUUUCAACCCCGCCACUGAAGGCAAACCUCUAGACGUUGAGUUCUGCUCCACGCCCACUAGUUCAGUGCUGGCGAUAUCGUUCUCUAGUCCCCUGUAUGAACAAGCUGAAGGUCACGUGAUUCUGUAUGAACAUGUGUCGGUCGGUAACCCUGUUCUGGUACAGAAGAACCCUACAGACCCCCAAAUAACAGUGGGUCCACACCCUGAGAAUAUCAAAUUUACCAGUGAUUGUGCCCUGCUAAUCGUGUCUAAUGAAGGAAUACCAGGAGAAUAUGACGGGAAAUUUGUCGAUCCACCAGGCAGUGUUUCUAUUAUCAGUGUUACCGUAGCCAAUACACCUAUCAGCACUGUUUCAUUUAGUGAAGUCGACACAGAGCCUCAAAGAAGUUUCCUGUUAAACAACCAUGUACGCUGGAUGUUACGAACUGAACCUAAUACCAAUAUUAUCAACCCCUUCUCUAAUAAUAUAGAACCAGAAUAUAUUACCAUAUCACCUAAUAAUGCUUACGCCUACGUUACACUUCAGGAAAAUAAUGCUAUAGCCAAGAUAGAUUUAGAAAAUGGUUAUGUUAAUCAGAUAUAUCCACUAGGGGUAAAGGAAUGGCGAUACAGCACAUUUGACGGAAGUGAUGGAGAUUCAGGUAUAAUAUUAAAAAAACACAACAUCUCCAGUUUUUACCAACCAGAUAAAAUCGCCUUCUUUGAAUGGAAGAACAGACUAUAUUUAAUAACAGCCGAUGAAGGAAAGGAGUUUUCCGUCCCUAUUUAUUUCUACACAGAUUUUGAUCGAGCAAAGAAUCUCCACACCAAUGGCGAAUUCCUCGUAGAUCCUGAAUUAGACGCCGAGUUAGCUGAUGACGCCCAAUUGGGUCGGCUCUUUGUCAGUCAGUUUCACGACGGUCGAGCUACAGGCUCCAGUAAAAUAAACAGAGUAUUUACAUUCGGUGGUCGAGGAUUCUCUGUGUUUGAUGCUAACAAUAUGAUACGCCAGUAUGAGAGUGGAGACGAGAUCGAGAAAUACAGCCGACUCUUCCAUCCUAAUGUUUUCAAUGGCGACUGUUCCGAUGCUAAUUUAGCUCCAUUCCAGGAAAUGGAUUUUCGAUCAACUCUUACGGGACCUUCUCUAAAUGCUAUAGUAGACGGCGAUUUUCUUGGAAGAAAAUUGCUGAUAUUUGGCAGUGGUACCAAUGGGAUAUUAUACGUAUAUGAACUGGUGAACCCAGUUUCUUCCAGAGCCGAGAUGGAAUUCCAGAGCGUCCAUCGACGAGGCAGCACCCUUGACACGUGGGGAAAGCUUUACUCCAGUGGGAUUAUUGGGGAUGCGGGCAUUGAGGAUUUGUCGUUUAUACCACAAGAAAACAGUCCAGUGACAGGUUCACCUGUAUUACUAGUAGUCUCUUCUAAAAGCGGCUCGGUUUCAGCCUAUACAUUUAAAGAUCAACAGUUCCCGAAGGGAGUUAACGGGAAUGGCGGAAUUUGUCAACCUACUGUAUAA